UUCGCAGCAAAAAGCAUUCUGGUAGCUUGCUUCAAAGAGUACCAAGAUGAAAUUCGCCGUAUUUGCCUUUGUUUGUUUGCUCAGUACCUUCGUCUCUGCCGAAGAGGUCGAGGAGUUGGGAUAUGACUGGGACAACAUCAAAAGUCUCGAUAUCUUCGUAGAACCUAUCGGGCCCGCUGAAUACGUUCCUCCCCAAGCCGGACUUAGAAUCAUCGGUGGAAACGUUGCUGCACGUAAUGCCUUCCCUUACCAAGCUGCCCUCAUCAUCAACAACUCUGGUUUCUGCGGUGGUUCCAUCAUCAGCAACCAAUGGGUUCUGACUGCUGCUCACUGUGUUGACACCGCCAGCUCUGUUCAAUUGAUUCUUGGUGCUCACAACCCAUCCACCACAGUGAACGAACCCACUCAGGUUCGUGUUGUCGCAAACGCCCGUGUGGUUCACACCGGAUGGAACGGAAACACCAUGCAAAACGACAUCGCUCUUCUUAGGGCCGCCUCCAUCCCAGUUGGUUCCUCCGGAAUUUCCUCUGUCUCUUUGGCUCCAGCCUCCUCUGGAACUUUCGCUGGAUCCACCGCUGUUCUCUCCGGAUGGGGCAGAACCAGUGAUGCCAGCAACUCCAUCGCCGCUGAAUUGAGGACCGUUCAAUUGCCCAUCAUCACCAACGCCGUGUGUGCUAACUCCUACGGAACCAUCAUCACCAAUCAAAUCAUCUGUACUUCGGGAGCCGGCAACCGUGGAGCUUGCAAUGGUGACUCUGGUGGCCCAUUGGUUGUAAGCGGUGUUGAAGUUGGUGUUGUCUCCUUCGGAUCCAGACUUUGCGCUGCCGGAAACCCAACUGCCUACGCUAGAGUUUCCGCCUUCAGAGCAUGGAUCACCUCCAACUCUGGCGUCAAGAACGGACAUUUUCGACUUAAACCAGUUAAGUUUGAUGCCAAGAUGAAAAUUGCUCUGUUCGCUUUGGUCUCCCUAAUUGGUGCAGUUGCUGCAACUGAAACCUUAGAGGAAUUUGGCUAUGACUGGGACAACAUCAAAGGUCUAGAUCUAUUUGUAGAGCCAAUUGGGCCAGCUGAAUAUGUGCCUCCUCAAGCGGGACUAAGAGUGAUCAAUGGAAACGUGGCUGCCAGAGGCGCCUUCCCCUAUCAAGCUGCCCUCAUCAUCAACAACUCCGGUUUCUGCGGAGGUUCCAUUAUCAGCAACCUCUGGGUAUUGACUGCUGCUCAUUGCGUUGACACAGCUUCUUCCGUCCAAGUGAUCCUUGGCGCUCACAAUCCAAGAACCACCGUGAAUGAGCCAACUCAGGUCAGACUUGCUGCCAAUGCCCGUGUUGUGCACACAGGAUGGACCGCCAGUACUCUGCAAAACGACAUUGCUGUCCUCAGAACUGCUAAUAUUCCGGUUGGACAAACUGGAAUUUCUACUAUUGCCUUGGCCCCUGCUAACUCUGGAACGUUUGCCGGAUCUACUGCCGUUUUCUCUGGCUGGGGUAGAACGAGCGACGCCAGUACCACCAUCGCUAAUGAGCUGAAAACUGUUCAAUUGCCAGUUAUUACCAACGCUGUUUGUGCCAGCGCUUAUGGAAGCAUCAUCACCACCCAAAUCCUCUGCACUUCAGGAGCAGGAAACCGUGGAGCCUGCAGUGGUGAUUCUGGAGGUCCCUUGGUGAUCAACGGGGCUGAAGUUGGAAUCGCUUCUUUUGCAGCCAGACAGUGUGCGGCUGGACAUCCAACUGGAUUUGUCCGAGUAUCCUUCUUUAGAAACUGGAUUGCAUCCAAUUCCGGUGUAUAAAACACUGUUUUUUUUGUAAAUAAUUUGUAAUAUAUUUGAUUAAUAACAA